AUGUCCUGUUCAACCACGGCGAUAUGGUGGAUCCACGGAGAGCCGCGAAAUUUCCAACCAUUUGUUGUGAACCUAGUAACCGAAGUGAUUUCGGAGAGUGAUCCCGGACAAUGGUAUCACGUAAGAACGGAUCUGAAUGUUGCUGACAUUGCAACAAGGGGAGUCGCCGCCAACGACCUUAAGCCAGAAUCACGAAGGAUAAACGGUCCAGAUUUCCUAAAGUCCGAAAAGUCAGAGUGGCCCAUCGAUGACAUUCCUGGCCCACCUUCUCCAACCGCCCAGAGGGAGAUGAAGAAGAAAGUGUUAGGAGCAAAGGUGGUUGUGCCAAAGCUUCUUGACCCAGCCGGCUAUUCCAAUUGGCUCAAGCUUGUUCGCGUUACCGCAUGGAUUCUGCGGUUCUGCCAUAACCUGCGUAAGAAAGAUCGGCGGAACGCGGAAGUUUUAAGUGUCGAAGAAUUGGAGGAAGCUGAGCUGAAUUGGAUCAAGUCUGCACAACAAGAUCGUUUUGGAGUUGAAAUCGAGUCAUUGUCGAAAGAUCGUCCUGCCGGCCAGCUAGUCGGAUCUAAAAUGGUUUGA